AUUCAUUCAUUUAUUUAGUUCUCUCUAUCUUAUAUCCACUCUACCUUACUUUUUCUAGCUUUUGUGGGAUCUUUUGCAUCGUUAUGUAAAAUCUUCCCCAAAUACCGUAACAUGAUAUUUCUAGGGUUUCAGCCUCGAUCUUCCACCUUGCUAUCUAAAUAUUUCUGAAAUUUGUUUCUGUACUUGUCCAUCCUCGCUGAUUUCUGCAUCUCUAUUCUCUCUUCCUGGAACAUUGAAAUCGAAACGACAUUGGUUUAUUGCACAAAAAUCGGAACCCAGAAUAGUGUCUUCGGAUAUCUAUGCAAUUUACGCGCGGUUCUUUGUAGAAAUUCAUAAUUGAUGAGGAAGAAGAGGAAAGGAAGUGAAACAGACCCAUGUCCUAAUGUACCAGAAAUUCUAUCUUCAACCCACCAUUCACAAUCAUCGAUUAUUACCUCGCAUUAUUCAUUAGAGGAUUAUACUAGGCUGAGGAAGAGGUGUAAAGAAGAUUCUAGUAACGAGCCAGUUGCUUCCUAUAAAAGUAGGCUUGCAGGUGUUGCUACUGCACCACCUUGCGGGGCUUCAUCUUUAGGCACACCUGGGAGGGGUGUUAAGAGAAAAAUCGGUUGCAUCGAUGUCGCUACUCAAACGGGUAGGAAGAAUAAGAUAGAAAAUGACUAUGUAUCAGGUGCCACAAUCGGUCAUGGAAAGUUUGGUUCAGUUCGAUUGUGUCGAUCUAGGGCUAGUGGUGCAGAAUUUGCAUGUAAGACUUUGAAGAAGGGAGAGGAAACAGUUCAUAAAGAGGUGGAGAUAAUGCAACAUUUAUCUGGUCAUCCUGGAGUUGUCACGUUACAAGCGGUGUAUGAGGAUUCCGAGUCUUUUCAUCUUGUCAUGGAGUUGUGCUCUGGGGGACGCUUGAUUGAUCAGAUUUUGGGAGAGGGUCGAUAUUCAGAACACCGUGCUGCUAAUGUAUUCAAGGAAGUCAUGUCAGUUGUCAAGUACUGUCAUGAUAUGGGGGUUGUUCAUAGAGACAUAAAGCCUGAGAAUAUUCUUCUUACAACUUCGGGAAAGAUAAAGCUUGCCGAUUUUGGGCUUGGCAUGAGAAUAACAGAUGGUCAGCAUUUGACUGGGUUAGCUGGAAGUCCUGCUUAUGUUGCACCAGAGGUUUUGACAGGAAAAUAUUCUGAGAAGGUAGAUAUCUGGAGUGCUGGUGUUCUGCUACACGUUCUUCUGGUGGGUGCCCUGCCAUUUAAAGGAGACUCCGUAGGAGUUUUUGAGGCAAUUAAGACUGUGAAGCUUGAUUUCCACACUGGGGUUUGGGAAUCAGUAUCUAAACCUGCACGAGAUCUUAUUGGAAGGAUGCUGACAAGGGAUGUCUCUGCAAGAAUUACAGCUGAUGAAGUUUUAAGACAUCCAUGGAUACUAUUCUAUACUGCGCGUACCUUAAAAACACUUCCUUUGAAGACUAGAAUGAAGAACCAACUUGGAGCACCUUCCCGUCAACAUGCUAUUAGAUCCAGAUUAAAAUUUGAUCGAAUCAGGAUUGAAGAUGGUUCUUUCAAUGAUAAUUCAAGUUCAUUUUCUUCUUCUGAUAGUUGCAAGUCAGCAGAUCAGGAUGAUAGUGAGCUGGUAGAUGCACUGGCCACUGCAGUUUCACGGGUGAGAAUCUCUGAGCCAAAAAGGAGCAGAUUGUGUGUUCCCACAGGUCCAAUUGAGCAGCAGCGUUCAUCUAACCUAAAUGCUAACAAUCUCUGUAAAGCAUUUUGAUCUUGCUGACAACAAACUGACGCCGGUAUCACGAUCUCCUAUCUUUUUAAGCUGGGGAACUGAAUUUAGCCUGCCCCGGUGGAAUUAUUAUCAGAGGGCAAAUGGUGAUAACAAUCUGACGAAUUUAUAUUAAAAUGGUAAUUCGGGUGUCCUUUAUAAUGCUUUAGAACCCACUAUGACCUCUUCUUUUAAUAUCUACCACAUGUGCUGUUUUUAACCUAAUAAUGUUUUAACCUGAUGAACUGAGAGAAUCCAUGUACAGAUUGUGUAUAUAGAAUGCUGGAGUGUUUUCCUCUCAUUUGUAUAAAUAUUAGUUAUUAAUAAUAAUCUAGUGAUUAGAUAUUUUUA